GACGUAAACCUGCCAGCUUCCUCCCCCCCGUCCCAACCCCCGGAAACGCUCUGGUAGUCUCCGUCGGCGGAGCGGCGGAGAUGGAGAACGCGGUGGUGCUCCGGGAGUGGUUCGACCGCGUCGACGCCGCCGGCACCGGCAACGUCACGGCUCCUCAGCUCCAGAGCGCGCUGGCCGUGGGCAACCUCGACUUCCCGCUCUCCGUCGUGCAGCAGAUGAUCAGGAUGUACGACUUCGAUCGGAACGGCACCAUGAGCUUCCAAGAGUUCUUGGCUCUUAACAAGUUCCUUCACAAGGUGCAGGGUGUCUUCUCCACCCUAGAAAGGGGUCGUGGAUUUCUCAGUCUUGAGGAUGUGUAUGAGGCAUUAAUCAAACUCGGUUUCUCUUUGGAUUCACCUGCCUUCUACACUGUCUGUGAGAGCUUCGACAGGAGCAAGAAGGGGAUGGUUCGUUUGGAUGAGUUUAUAUCGAUCUGCAUCUUUGUUCAGUCAGCUCGUAACCUGUUCAGUUCAUUCGACACAACCAAGCAAGGGAAAGUGACCUUCGAUUUCAACCAGUUUGUCUACUGCACGGCGAACUGCAGGAUAUAGCUCUAUUACUGGAAACCUGUACAUGUUAGAGAAGACCAAAAAAGAAGAAAUGCCAGCAGUCACCGGAAUCACAUGUUAAUGCAGCUCAUUGUUUUGCGAAGGAAGGUUUUGUUGGCGCAUACAUUUGAAAGUCUGAAUUUUGAGUCAUCAUUUGGUUCAUCUUCCUAGUGUCCCUGAGAUAUUAUGUGAUUUAAUACCAUCCAGAGCUGUAUACACACAAGAAAACUAGACAUGCCUAUGCAUGACUCUAUGCUUUGUAAUUCUGCAUCUGGAAACCCGGGAACAACACCAUGUUUGGACUAUUA